ACCUGGUGGUUUCUCUCCCUGCCACUGAUUUCACUGAGGAGUCACCUUUUUUCCUGCGAUCAGCCGCUGCGGUUCCUCCUCCUCCUCCUCCUAAACUUUACUCCCGUGUCUCCACCGCGCGUCUGUGGACAGUGGAGAAGGAAACCAGCAGAAAGAGUCAUGUUCUCCUUCAUGUUCCUGCUCCUCCUCGUUCCACAUGUGCUCUUCUCCUCGACGCAUGUGGCAGUGAUCUCCCCUCAGGAUCCAGUCCUGCUUAUCGGCUCCAGCCUGACGGUCACGUGCUCGCUGAGUCCAGAGCUCGGCCUCCACGCCGGCGCGUUGUACUGGACGCUGAACGGUCUGCGUCUGUCCAGCAGCUCCUACAGCGUGGCGUCCUCCAACACUCUGAGCGUCACCCUUCACAACCUGAACGGCUCUCGGCAGAAGUCUGGAGACAACCUGGUGUGUCACGCAGCAGAUGGACACGUCCUGGGUGGUUCUUGUCUCUACGUGGGCACGCCUCCAGAAAAACCACUCAAUUUAUCGUGUUGGUCUCGCAAUGCCAAGGACUUGAGCUGCAAGUGGAGCCCGGGGGGCCGCGGUGAAACCCACAUCCGAACUAAAUACUCGCUCAAGUACAAACUGAGGUGGUACGGCAGAGAGAAGGAGUGUGAAAAUUACAGCACGGGUAAGCAUCGUUACUCCUGCUACAUCCCCCGUAACCUCGCCCUCUUCACCCCGUAUGAGAUCUGGGUUGAAGCGACCAAUCAGCUGGGCUCGACAUCCUCUGACAUCACCACUCUGGACAUCCUGGAUGUAGUGACCACAGACCCUCCUGCCAACGUGCAGGUGGGACGCGUUGGGGACCUCGAAGACCAGCUGACAGUCCGCUGGGCGAGCCCCCCCGAGCUCAAGGACAUCCUGUUUCAGGCCAAGUAUCAGAUCCGCUACAGACUGGAGGACAGCACUGAAUGGAAGGUGGUGGAUGAUGUUGGCAACCAGACAUCAUGUCGGCUGGCCGGCCUCCAACCUGGAACAGUCUAUUUUGUCCAGGUUAGGUGCAACCCAGUGGGCAUCUAUGGUUCAAGGAAAGCCGGCAUCUGGAGUGACUGGAGUCACCCAACUGCAGCCUCCACUCCUAGCACUGAGCGUUUGCAGAGCGGCUCCUGUGACUCUAAGCCCAGUGAGCAGAACUCCACCCUGCGGCGGGAACUCAAGCAGUUCUUCGGUUGGGUCCGCAAGCACGCGUAUGGCUGCAGUGGCAUGUCAAUCAAACUGUACGACCAGUGGCGGGUGUGGCUGCAGAAAUCGCACAAAACGCGCAACCAGAUUCUUCAAGAUGAUAAUUCAUAGCACCGCCAGUGUUUUGUUGUUUUUUUUUAAUUCAAGAACAGCCUCACCAAACACUGAUGGACAACUGGCCUGGAGUGUCCCAGCUGUGGGAGAGGUCCACCGCCCUGGCUGAGGGAUACUGCAGCGUUUAGUCUCAUCCGCCGCGAGUUUAAAGGGCCCGAGUGGAAGAUAACUGAAGUGAGACAAUGAAGCCUUUUCUCUAAUAUUUCCGCUGGUCUUUGCACACACACACUUACAUUAAUGCCCUCAGUAACUGCACUUUUUAGUCCAUGUAUAAAGAAUGAAGUUAUGGUUAUAGUUCGGGCUUCUUACUGAGUUAAUAAAAAUAUGUUUUAAUGAUGUCAAAUGGUAACUAUUACUCAAGCAUGUUAAAAACAUAACAUAUGAUGUAUUUCAGUGGCAAUAACAUGACAUGGGUGUCUG